AUAUGGUUUUACGAUGUGCAUGGGGAACCUGCACUGCCGAUGAGAGAUACCCACAGCGACUGAAUGGUGCAAGGUUGAUACUAUUUCCAAAGCCGAAGACCAACCUGGAAAAAUGUCUACGAUGGAUAAAAACAUGUGGACGACCGCAUGACCAGCUCAAUGUCAACAGAAUCAACAAACACAAAGCCGUGUGCUCUACGCAUUUUGAAGGAGGUAAUGGACCAACUGCUUUAUUCCCUGAUCCAUUACCAGCUGAUGGCUCAAAAAGUACCCCAGCAAGGCCGUUACCAAAAAGAAGAUUGCUUACCUUUGACACAGAGUCAUCAGAUAAUAAAAAGAGGAAGAAAUUUCCACUAAAUGAAAACACUGAGAUCACAAAUUGUGAAUUUGAAGCAGAUGAUAACUCAGAGGGAACAGUCCUUUCAACAACUGAAUCAGCAACACAGACAGAUGAGAGAUGGAUCUCGCCUUUAGAUCUACUUUCUGUCACAACAGAGCUUCAUGAACUUCGGGCAGUAGUGAAAAGCCAAGAAAAAACUAUUGAGGAGUUACAACAACUUAACAAGAAAACAAAGGUGCAGGGUUUUGGGGUAAAACAAGUACUGGAGAAGGAAGACAACCUCAAAAAUGUUUUCAAAUACUAUACAGGAAUAGUGCAUAUACGGUUUUUAGCACUGCUCAGCUUCCUUGUUCCCCCAGGAUACAAGAUACCUUAUGAAAAGGGACGGAGAGACAUAAAGCGUCUAUCGGACGCCGAUGCUUUGUUUUUAAGUUUGUGUCGUUUGCGUCACAAUUUCGGUCUGAAAGAUAUUGCAAUGAGGUUUGGACUCAGUGUACAAUCUGCUGGUGUUGUGUUUAAUACAUGGAUAGCUCAUAUGUAUUUCAAGUUGGGACAGUUGUCAAUAUGGCCUCAUAGAGACACAAUAAUCCAAAACAGGCCCAAGGAAUUCAGGAAAGACUAUUCAACAACCCUGAUGAUUAUUGAUGGGACAGAACUAAGAACCCAAACUCCUUCUGCCCUUGGACGUCAAAGUCAAAUGUACAGUGACUAUAAAUCUUGCAACACCUUAAAAGGAUUAAUUGGAUGUGACCCAAAUGGUAAUGUAAUGUUUGUGUCAGAGUUUCAUUCAGGUGCCAUUUCUGACAAGGCUAUUGCAGAAGAAAGUGGAUUUUAUGAAGUCUUAAAGGACAUGAAAAAACAUGGCUACAUGGAAGAUGAUGACUCUAUCAUGGCAGACAAGGGAUUCACUAUUGAUGAUGAACUAAAAAAACUGGGACUGAGGUUAAAUAUUCCACCUUUUGCCAAGACUGGUACACAAAUGAGUCCUGCAGAAAUCAGUGAAACCCAAAAAAUUGCUAAACACAGGGUGCAUAUUGAGAGACUCGUAGCAAAAGUAAAAAAAUUCAAAAUGGUUUCACACAGAGUGCCGACAAGUCUAUUUCCAAAAAUUAAUGAAAUUUGGUCUGUAUGUUGUCUUCUGACUCUUUUUCAGGAUGUUUUUGUCAAAGACAAACAAUGAAAGUACUAACAUUUUUCCCAUACGUAUUGCCAAAACUACAAGAGUUUUGUUAUUAUUACAUAUGCCAUCCUGGUAAUAUAAAGAAAACUAUAUUACACUUGUGAAUAACAAUAAACUUACCUGGUAUGAGAGAAUGGAUCCCAAAGGAAGUUGUCCAAAUACUGCUGUAGUUGCUUUUGGAGCAGAAUUCAGCAUAAGAUGCUGGAGUGGUGUUUCUUUUAAUGCUGCCAGUUUUGAUUCAUCUGAAGUAGUGACUUCUGGUAAUCUGGAGAAAACAAUAAAUGCUAAGUAUUU